GACGCCAAUACUUCAAUCUGAUUGGACGCUUUGGUGUCGUAAACCGUGGUGAUUGCAGCACACAUGUUGGGAAGCGUGUGUUCAUCUGGUUUUGUUUUCUGACCGCACAUAAAAAUGGAAUCCAAAGCCAAGAAAGCCUUUUCUCCUAAAGGUGUGAAAAAGCUUGCCCAGAGAGGCAAAGACUCCAUAGGGAGCAAACUUGGAGGGAAACCAGGCGGUAAAAAGCCUUUCAAACCUCUCAAGAACGCAGAGAAGCCAAAUGGAGCCAAAGAUCGGGGAAACAAGCAGCACAAAGCCGCCUUCUCCAGAGGCGGCGGGGUGCAGCAGGGCAAGAGGAAGCUGCCCGCCUUCAAGAACCGAAAAGAGAAGGAUGACGGCCCGGCGGCCAAACGGGCGAAGAAAGGGGAGCAGAUGUCAGAGGAGGAGCUGAAGAAGAACAGGCUGCAGAGGAGGAAGGAGCUGAAGAGGAGCAGGCAGCAAGCAUCCAGGAAGGAAAUGUUUGAGGUCAUCAAUCAGUCCAAACAAGUGUGGGAGGACCUGAGGAGGAAAAAAUGUGACGAGGAGGUGAAGAAGAAACUGAUGAAGAAGCUCCACGAUCUGAUCCGCGGGAAUACCAAGCAGAUGGCGUUUGCUCACGACUCCGUUCGGAUCCUGCAAUGUUUCCUUCAGUUCGGCAGCCACAAGCAGAGGCAGGAGGUGUUUGAAGACCUCAAAGACGACGUCAUUUCUCUGUGCAAGUCAAGCUACGGCCGACACGUGGUCAAGAAGCUGCUGAUGUACGGGAACAAAGAGCUGGUUGCAGCCGUGAUGCAGACCUUUAAGGGUCACGUGCGGCAGAUGCUUCGACACUCUGCCGCCUCCACUGUCAUCGAGUACGCCUACAACGACAAGGCCAUGCUGGCACAGAGACUCAUGCUUGCUGACGAGCUGUACGGGAACACCUACGCUAUCUGCAAGUCGUCGGAGCACAACACCAUUGAGAAGGUGGUGAAGGCCAACGCCGACAAAGUGGCCAGCAUCAUGGAUGACAUGAAGCAGAUCCUCCUGCCCAUGGCCAGCAAGGAGCAGGUGAUCAAACAUUCGCUGGUGCACAAAGCCUUCCUGGAUUUCUUCCUGUUUGCUCCCGACAAGCAGAGAUCGGAGAUGAUCGAGUCCAUCAGGGAGUCGGUGGUCUACAUGGCUCACACCCACGACGGCGCUCGAGUGGCCAUGCACUGUCUGUGGCACGGCACGGCCAAGGACAGGAAAGUCAUCAUCAAAACCAUGAAGACGUACAUGGUGAAGUUUGCCACAGGGGAGUUCGGUCACCUGGUUCUUCUGGCCCUCUUUGACUGUGUGGACGACACCAAGCUGAUCAGACAAGCUGUUCUCUCUGAAGUCCUGUCAUCGCUGAAGGAAGUCAUCAGUAAUAAACACGGGAAGAAGGUGCUGCUGUACCUGCUGAGCCACAGAAACCCCGCCCACCUGCUGCCGGAAAUCAUCAAGGUGUUGGAGCAAGGAGACGGGAACGCUCACAGUAAAAAAGAUCCAGAGAAACGAAGGAAGGAGCUGCUGGAAGCCCUGUCGCCUCCCAUCCUGGACUACCUCUGCGAAAACGCAGCUGACAUGGUGAAGGACAAGGCCACCGGAGUCAUCAUCAGCGACAUCCUGGGCUCAGCCUGCGGGGACCUGCGCCCCGCCAUGACGGCGGUGGCUCAGCUGGCCAAUCAGGAGCUGGUGCCGGGAGGCGUGGACGGAGAGCUCCACAUGGCGGAGCAUCCCGCAGGUCACCUGGUGCUGAAGUGGCUCAUCCAGAAGGACGGCGAGCUGGCCCAGGCCGGCAGAGAAGAGCGCUUCGGCAGAAUUCUGGUGGACACGGUUGGAGCAGAACGGUUGAAGAGCUGGGCCAAAGUGAACAGAGGAGCCAUCGUGCUCUGCAGCCUGCUGAACAGCUGUGAGCCGUCUGUGGCUGCAGAGGUGAAGACGGCGCUGCAGUCCAUCACAUCCCAGCUGCACAGCACCUGCAGCAACCAGGGGGUGCAAAUCCUGCUGCAGAACCUGAACAAGUAGAGCCGCUCGGCCACGAGAGGACUGCUGACCAGAGCCGUGAGGAGGCUCGCUCUCUGAAACCCGUCCUCCAAACCUCCUCUGCAGUUCCACAGAUUUUAAGGCUCUCUUCACCGUUUGGUUCCAGUCAGGAGGACGGGUCCUUCAAGGUUUGCAGAAGAUGUUUCCGGCUCCAAAGACUGCAGAGAGCAGACUGACUUUUGUAAAGGAGGCCUGCAGGAGCAGGAGGCGCGUCCCGCAUCAGCCCGACACGUGUCGGAGGAGCAACCAGGAACUUCAGGAGACCUCCUCGCCGCUCUGGCUGUGGGCGGAGUUUCUGCGUGGCUCCUUGUCACUGACUAGUUUCUCUGCUUCAGAUAUUGUAAGAUUUUGUAAUAAUAUCUGCUGAAUAGUGUUUCUAAAAAUAAAGUUGGUCUGGAUCUUCACCUCCUGCUCAGGACUUCAGAGAGAUGAAGUAAAAGUGA